AUGAGUGAAAGGAGAAGAUCUGCAGUCGCCCUGAGCUCCAGAGCACAUGCCUUCUCCGUUGAAGCCUUGAUCGGCUCAAAUAAAAAGCGGAAGCUGCGAGACUGGGAGGAGAAAGGGCUGGACCUGUCCAUGGAGGCGCUGAGUCCCGCAGGCCCACUCGGAGACACAGACGACCCGGCAACCCACGGCCUGGAGCCCCACCCGGAUUCUGAGCAGAGCACUGGGUCAGACUCCGAGGUGCUCACCGAGCGGACUUCCUGUUCCUUUAGUGCUCACGCUGAUUUGGCAUCUGGUGCCGCAGGCCCAGUGCCUGCUACCAUGACUACCAUGGAGGAGAUUCAGGUGGAGCUACAAUGUGCUGACCUCUGGAAGAGGUUCCAUGAUAUUGGAACAGAGAUGAUCAUCACCAAAGCAGGCAGGAGGAUGUUUCCCGCCAUGAGAGUGAAAAUCACUGGCCUGGAUCCCCACCAGCAAUACUAUAUAGCAAUGGACAUUGUGCCUGUGGACAAUAAAAGAUACAGAUAUGUGUACCAUAGCUCCAAGUGGAUGGUAGCUGGCAAUGCCGACUCCCCUGUGCCUCCAAGGGUUUAUAUACACCCAGAUUCCCUGGCUUCUGGAGACACCUGGAUGAGACAGGUGGUUAGUUUUGACAAGCUUAAGCUGACCAACAAUGAGCUGGACGAUCAAGGACACAUCAUCCUGCACUCUAUGCACAAAUACCAGCCUCGAGUCCAUGUCAUCCGCAAAGACUUCAGCAGCGAUCUCUCACCCACCAAGCCUGUGCCUGUAGGGGAUGGGGUGAAAACCUUCAACUUUCCUGAGACGGUGUUCACCACUGUCACAGCCUACCAGAACCAGCAGAUCACCAGAUUAAAAAUCGACCGAAAUCCAUUUGCUAAAGGAUUCAGAGAUUCUGGAAGAAACAGAACUGGACUCGAAGCCAUUAUGGAGACGUACGCAUUCUGGAGACCUCCUGUACGCACCCUGACUUUUGAGGACUUCACCACCAUGCAAAAGCAGCAAGGGGGCAGCACAGGUACUUCCCCAACCACCUCCAGCACCGGGACACCGUCCCCUUCGGCUUCUUCUCAUCUCUUAUCUCCAUCCUGUUCUCCUCCAACUUUUCAUUUGGCCCCCAAUACUUUCAACGUGGGCUGUCGAGAAAGCCAGCUUUGUAAUCUGAAUCUCUCUGAGUAUCCACCGUGUGCCCGCAGCAACAUGGCUGCCUUGCAGAGCUAUCCAGGGCUGAGUGACAGUGGCUACAACAGGCUCCAGAGUGGCACAGCUUCAGCCACUCAGCCCUCUGAAACCUUCAUGCCUCAGAGGACUCCAUCUCUGAUCUCAGGAAUACCAACACCUCCCUCGUUGCCUAGCAACAGCAAGAUGGAAGCCUAUGGUGGCCAGUUGGGGUCCUUCCCCACUUCCCAGUUUCAGUAUGUCAUGCAGGCAGGCAAUGCAGCGUCCAGCUCCUCCUCACCGCACAUGUUUGGUGGCAGCCACAUGCAGCAGAGCUCCUACAAUGCCUUCUCCCUGCACAAUCCCUACAAUCUGUACGGAUACAAUUUCCCCACCUCCCCCAGGCUAGCUGCAAGCCCAGAAAAACUGAGCGCAUCUCAAAGCACUUUACUCUGCUCUUCUCCUUCCAAUGGGGCCUUUGGAGAGAGGCAAUACCUGCCCACAGGGAUGGAGCAUGGCAUGCAUAUGAUCAGCCCUGCAGCUAACAGUCAGCAGGCUGCCAACACCUGCGACGGGCGACAGUAUGGGGCAGUCCCAGGCUCCUCCUCCCAGAUGUCCGUCCACAUGGUUUAAAGAGCAGUCCAAGCACCAUGGAGGUGAUGGCAGUCAAGACUCCAGAAUCUCUGUGGGUGGAGCUUCCUCUUUGGGAAUCCCGUGCCUUGGGAAAAUAGGAAU